AUGCAAUUUAUUUCCCAGCUGUUUACUGUUGUCUUCAGAACUUUCGUCAACACAUUCAUCCAGUUCAAGAAGCCCAUCAUUGCUGCAGUGAAUGGGCCUGCUAUUGGGCUUGGAGCUUCUAUCUUGCCCCUGUGUGAUGUCAUCUGGGCCAAUGAGAAGGCUUGGUUCCAGACUCCUUACACAAUCUUUGGCCAAACCCCAGACGCCUGCUCCUCUGUAACAUUCCCUCUCAUCAUGGGAGUCGCCUCUGCUAAUGAAAUGCUACUGAGUGGGAGGAAGCUGACAGCUCAGGAGGCUUGUGCCAAAGGACUCGUGUCCCAGGUUCUGUGGCCAGGGACCUUCACACAGGAAGUCAUGGCCCGCAUUAAGGAGCUAGUAUCUUGUAAUUCAGUUGUUCUACGCGAGUCCAAAGCACUGGUGAGGAACAUUAACCGAGCCGCCCUGGAGCAGGCCAACGAGAGGGAAUGUGAGGCACUUAAGAGGGUCUGGGGCUCUCCUCAGGGAAUGGACUCCAUACUCAAAUAUCUCCAGAAGAAAAUCGAUGAAUUCUAAGUCAGUUACAUGUCUUACGGGUGUCACAACCUCCAUCCUCAAGUGCCUGAUGUUAUUUAAACAAGGUUUGCCAGUGGUUACUUUUUUAGUAGGAUUAUGAUGGAACUCUCUAACAGAGAAAGACUGGCGUGGUCAAACCCGCACUUCAUCUUCGUCCAGGACGUAUUUCCUUUUCUUCAGACUGCAGAAACACUUGAUAAUGACUUUAAUGCAAAGUUUGUGAUAAAUCUUGCACUGUGCAGAAGGACAAAAUGCCUUGAUAUAUGUAAAUUCCUGUCAUCUUUCUGCUCAAUCUCUUGUAUCAGGACUAAAGUAAUGAAAUGCUUUGUCAUAGAGGUAUUACGGAUUUGGGCUACUUUUUGAAGCACCACCUAUGCAGACAGAUUGAGAAAAGAUGGAUAAUAGUGUAAUUUUAAGAAAGGGAUGCAUGAGACUUAAAGUCGAAUUUUGCGCUUGUCUUGGUUUGGUUAUCGCUACACUAACAGAUUGUAAUUAGAAUCAAGUCUUUAGUUGGUAGCAGGCUUUUUUUCAGUAGGUACUUUUUUAUUCAGCAACUAUAAGGCAUCUCAAGCCUCGUUCACCUCUUGCUGGCAUUUAUAUCCAGCCCUUUAAAGUCAUUUUUAUGAAUGGAUACAGUUAAAUCAAGAAGAGCAGACACUGAAGCCAACAAAAAUGACACCAUUUAGCGUCAGUGCUGUUAUAUAGACUUUAAAGCUACUAAUGCAUUAAAGGAAAAGCACAUUGAAUUUCCGACUUGCAUAAUAACGAUCAAGUGAACAAAAUGAAUACUUAAGUACAUGUGGAUUUGUAAGGUGCUGGCUUAGUGGGAAUUAACAGUUAUUUGUAUCAAAGUUAAAUUUUGUACGUUUUGCUGGCUUAAUUUUAAAAUUUUCAUACAUUUGUAUGUUCUUGGCGUACAAACGGUUUGCUUUGGAGUAACAUACCACCAAAUAAUUUUGAUGUAAAUGUUGUUGACACAAUAUUUCUAAUUUAAUAACUUAUGACAUUAUGAAAUUGAAUGGGGUGUGUCCCUCAUGAGUCAAUAAAGGAUGCUGGCAUUUUAAAUCUGCAUCCUUUUUUUCUGCUGGUUCAAACAGAUUGGACUGCUGUGUCACCAGAAGAGCCCUGGAGAUUAAACAGCCAUCUCUACGGGAAGAUCCUACUGAAAUCCACCCAAACAUCUGUAGCGACUAGCUAGUAUGCACUGUUAUUAAAUAGAAUGGCUUUCUUUCAUUACAAUUUUUUUAUAACAUGGGUUGGGUUGGAGUCAGAAAAUGGGUUGAGACUGUCCACAAAAAAAAUGUCCCCCCGUCCUAAAGUCCUACCUCUCAACAUCCCUAUUUAGAUUUUUUUUAGCAAAGAAGCGUCCUGUUCAAAUCGUAGUUAUUUUCAAAACCUCAUGCUGCAUGCUUCUGGUACAGACAUCUAUGCACUAUUUCUUACUCGGCUCCAAACGUUUUGCUUGUAAUUGGUCUGUUUUACAAAUACUUUACAGGAACAAAUUCAUCAGCUCAGCCCCAGCAAUAAAAUGUGAAAC